AUGCUGGUCUCGCUCACCGUCGGCAAGGUCGACGCCGGCGUGACGGUUCUCCUGACCCAAGACAAACGCCUCAUCGAGUUCCCCUCCAUCCUCCUCCCGCCCAACAUCUCCUCGGGCUCCAUUGUCGACAUCGCGGUCAGCCGCAAUCGCGCCUCGGAACAGGCUGCGAAAGACAGCUUCGCGGCCCUCCAGAACCGCAUCUACGAAACCUUUGGCGUCGAGCCGCCCACCACCCCCGUCCUGCGCUGCCGCAAUGCCACCCAGACCAGCGUCGUCCUCGAGUGGGACCCCAUCCGGCUCGCCACGGCCGACCUCGCCAGCUUGUCGCUCUACCGCAACGGCCAAAAAGCCGGCAACAUCCCCCGUCCCCUCCAGAUGCACUCCACCAAGAUUUCAGGCCUCGCCGUCGACACCGAGUACACCUUCCAUCUCGUCCUGCGCACCAGCGCGGGCACCUUUAGCAGCGAGAAACUCGUCGUGCGCACCCACAAGAUGACCGACCUCAGCGGUGUCACCAUUACGACGGGCAUUUUGUCGGGCGCUGCGCGGGAGCGGCUGGUGGCGGCCGUCGAGCGCAUUGGCGCCAAGCUUGUCGCCGACCCGGGCGCUGUGCGCAUCGACACCACCCACUUUGUCACCACCGAGGGCCGUGGCGUCGCCUGGGAAAAGGCGGUCGAGCUCAACAUCCCGGUUGUGCGCCCCGAGUGGGUCGAGGCCUGUGAAAAGAACGGCCGCAUUCUCGGUGUGACCAAGUACUACCUCGACGCCGUGCGGCCGACCGGCCCCAACGACAACGAGCCUGUCGUCCCGCCGCCGCAGCAGCAGCAGCAGCAACCGCCGACGCCAAACCAAAACAAGGAGUUGCCCCAGUCGCCAUCCGACGCGCCCUCCUCAUCCACGACACCACCCGCAGGAGCAGGAGCAGCUCCGUCAAGCCACACCGCGGCAGAGCCGCCAUCGUCGGCCGCCACAUCACCCGCAGAAGCACACGACGACGAGCCCGAGACCCGCGACGACCAAAAGGUGUGGCUUGGCGACCAGGCCGGCCAUGAGCAAAAGGUGGCCCUGCGGACAAAGCAGGAUGCGAGCCAAGCGGCCGAGGAUGGAAACGACGGUGACGACGGCGUCGAAGACGAUGAAGAGGAGGAUGAGGACGACGACAGCGGACGCGGUAGCCAUGCCAACGGCAACGGCAAUGGCGCGGCGGCAGACAGCAGCCUCAACAAGACGGCAACGCCUGGCGACGGCAACUCGUUCCAGGAUGUGGAUCUGUGA